CACAUUCCUGUCCUACCAUCGACGCUCAUGACGCAAUCAACCCGGAAGUCGUGUGUUUGCUGUCAAAGCCAACGGCAGAAAGAAAGCACUGAAAGCUAAAAAUCCCGCAUUUAAGACAAGAUGGCAGGACUGCCCCGCAGGAUCACAAAGGAAACUCAGCGUUUGCUGCAGGAGCCCGUCCCAGGCAUCAAGGCAGAGCCAGAUGAAAGCAACGCUCGCUACUUUCAUGUGGUCAUCGCCGGACCACAGGACUCACCUUUUGAGGGGGGCACGUUUAAACUUGAACUCUUUCUACCAGAGGAAUAUCCAAUGGCAGCUCCUAAAGUACGCUUCAUGACCAAAAUAUAUCAUCCCAAUGUAGACAAGUUGGGAAGAAUAUGUCUAGACAUUUUGAAAGAUAAAUGGUCGCCAGCUCUGCAGAUUCGCACAGUGCUGCUGUCGAUCCAGGCAUUACUAAGUGCACCCAACCCAGAUGAUCCUCUAGCAAAUGAUGUGGCGGAACAAUGGAAGUCUGAUGAAGUCCAAGCCAUAGAAACAGCCAAGACAUGGACCAGGAUUUACGCUGGAAGCAAAAAUGAAGUGUAAAGCAGCCCCAACAAGUGGAAGAUACAAGUGGAAGUAAAGUGGGAACACAACUCCUCAUGUUCUGCCAAGACCUCUUCUGACUUCAUUUGCAUUUAAAGGACACAGUCUUAAAUAUAUAAAUACAUAUGUAUUAUGAAAUAAACAUGAAUAUAUUGUAAAGGGAAAAAAAACAAAAAAAACAACUGCUGACAAUUGGUGAUUUAAAUGCACACUAGUAAUAAAAAUGACUUGUCGUCGUCCUAUCUCACUACUGUUGACAUGCAUGGGCAAAGGUUAGAUCUUCUCCGCUGGCUUUCUAUGUCCAUUGAUUUUUUGUAGGCUUGUGCCGACUGCUACUUUCACAAGCACGUUCGGGGGGGGGGUAUGGGGUAUGGGGAAUGUGUCCUAAGCCACACAUAACUGGUGGAAAUGUGAGUUUUGAAGCAGUGGAAUGGGGAGGGGAGGGGGCGUUGGCUACAUGUGGUCCAUAUUGUAAAUUAAAACACUUUUCUUUUAACUUUGUUUUCUUGUGUUUUGCUGUUUGCUUAUUAAAGUAGCUAACUACAGAGCCCACUGUACGUAUAGACACUUAACCGAUGGCGGACCAUUAUUUUUCUUCUGUGUGUAUGGCCGAGAGUGAUGCAGACAAACAAUGUUAAGCCUACUUCAAAUUAAAUCACAUAAAUCACAUCUGGCUACAAAAGAUACAAAUGAUAUGACUAAAAACCAAACUGAGCCUGCCACUGUCACGUGAAUUUUCUUCAACCACUCGGUGUAAACUGUAGGCUUGUGGAUGGUGUGGGAGAGUGUUAAGGGGAGGGUGAGCAUUGAGGACUUUUUUAGUAUUAGCACAUGUUUUAUCACCAUAUCCAGUCUUUUAUAUGUGUAUCUUCUGUGCUGUCGCCAUACUAACUCCUCUGCUUUCUGGUUUACUUCUUCUCAUGGCAUUUAUUUCACAAGGCAGUGGUGACAUUCGAGCUGUCAGUUGUGAUGGUGGAUGGUGUGCUGAGGGAACCUAUCGGAGUGACAGGAGAAGCUGGGUUGUUGGGGAAUAAAACCUCCAAAUGUUCAAUGAAGGCUCGACUCUCAUCCGUUUGUGAACGCUCUUUAACUGAAACGUCUGUAUUCACUUCACUGCUGUUAAAGUCAUUCAUUCUCUCUUAUCUGGGGACUCUCUCCUGUUCCCAGAGUGUUAUAAAACAGUCCACCUGCUACUUUUUAUGUUCUGUAAAUAAAAUCUGUUGAUUAAUAAA